AAAAGAUUAGUGCUCGAAGCUACCAGGGUCAGAGGCUUGAGUCUAAGACACAGAGCGUAUCAUGUUGAAGAUGAGCGGGUGGCAGCCACAGAGCCAAAAUCAGAGCCGGAACCUGAGGAGAGAGUGUUCCAGAAGGAAGUGUAUCUUCAUACAUCACCACACCUGAGAGCAGAGCCUGACCCAACUGCAGAGAUGGCAGCUGAAUCAUUGCCUUUUUCCUUCGGGACACUGUCCAGCUGGGAGCUGGAAGCCUGGUAUGAGGACCUGCAAGAGGUGCUGUCCUCAGAUGAAAAUGGGGGUACCUAUGUUUCACCCCCUGGAAACAAGGAGGAAGAAUCAAAAACCUUCACCACUCUUGACCCUGCCUCCCUGGCCUGGCUGACUGAGGAGCCAGGACCAGCAGAGGUCACGAACACCUCCCAGAGCCCUCGCUCUCCAGAUUCCAGUCAGAGCUCCCCAGCUCAGGAGGAAGAAGAGGAAGACCAAAGACGACCCAGGAAACGGAAACAGAGUGGCCAGUCCCCAGCUGGGGCUGGAAAGCAACGCAUGAAGGAGAAAGAACAAGAGAAUGAAAGGAAGGUGGCACAACUAGCUGAAGAGAAUGAACGGCUCAAGCAGGAGAUCGAGCGCCUGACCAGGGAAGUAGAGGCGACUCGCCGAGCUCUCAUUGACCGAAUGGUUAAUCUGCACCAAGCAUGAACAGUUGGGACCAUCACUUCCCCCUCAGGCCACUACCUACCUUUCACAAAAGUGGCUGCUGACCAUCUUCUCCAGUGCCAAUGAUGUGACCCUCAACCCCACCUAUUCGGGAGGGGGGAAAGCUUGGGGUAGACAACAGGAAAGGGUCUCAGCAUGUAUAUAGAGAUUGUACAUUUAUUUAUUACUGUCCAUAUCCAUUAAAGUGACUUUCUAUGA